AUUUGUAUGACAUAUAUUUUUGCGCAUUCGAUAUAUAUAUAUAUAUAUCUUAAGUACUAUUAAGUACGAAAUUGUUCAUUUAGCAAUUAGAAAUAUGUUAUCAAGAAUUAAUAAGUUUAACGCAUAAGUAACAAAGAGCACAUAUAUUUUGUGAUCGGAAGAAUUAAAGAAUUGACAAGAAUCUGUAUUAUUACACAUGGUAUACAUGAAAUACAACAACAGUGCAAUUGUUUCUUUAUACAAAAACACUGGAAGUACUUAUAAUAAUAAUAACUAUUAUAAUAAUGCAUAAAAUGCAUUAAGUGAAGACAACCUGUUAUGAAUCUAAAUUCUUCCAAAAUAUGCUUACUUGUUAAGUUUUAGAUACAUACAUUAAAAGUCAGUUAACCAUGACUGAAAUCACCACUAAAGAUCUACAAGAAUUAGUUUUAUACUUCUCUAAGAAUAAAUAUCAGACUAAAGAUGAAUCGGAAACAAAUCAAGCUAUUAUGCAAAGAUGUCUGCUUCUUAGCGAUUUAGAUUAUACUCAUUCGGUAAUAAGUAAUCAUUUAGGUGAACUAUGUGGACAUUAUCCGAGUCACCUUAUUCUAUUACAAAAUAAAAAGUCCAAAAAUCCCACUACAGAUGAUACACCAUCGACAUCACUACCAUCGACAUCACUGCCAUCAACAAAUACAGAGACUAUGUGUGAUAGCAUGUAUGAUCCUAUUAAAUUAAAGGAAUUAAUAAAAAAUGCUAGAUAUGCUAGAUGUCGUACAAGAUUUCCACUGCCUGUAAUACUUUACAAUGGUAGACAUAUAUGCAGAUCAGCAACAUUAGCUGGUGGACCAGAAAUUUGUGGUAGAUUGGGAAUAGACUAUUUAUUUCAAAGUAAUGAAAGUGUACCUUCUUCUGUUGAUGAACAAUUAGAUGAGGCAAGUGGGGUACAGCCAAAGAAUUACGAUUGGCAAUUAUUUGACAAAGUUAGAAGUCAAGACAUUAAACUUUUGAAGACUCUUAAUGUAGGAACCAUUAUCGAUUUUAUGGUGGAAAAUAAGAAAGUUAAAUAUGGAAUGAACGUGUCUUCUUCAGAGAAGAUAGAUAAAGAGAAGAGGUAUUCUGGAUUCGCCAUUAUUUCCUUGCCAUAUCCUGGUUGUGAGUUCUUCAAAGAAUUUCGAGAGAAUAAUUAUUGCGCCAAGGGUUUAGUAUUCAAUUGGGCUCAGUCUUACGUGGACGCACAAAUCUGUAUACCCGAAGAUACAAUUUCUUCUCAGUUACAUUUAAAAUGGGAACACUAUCAAUUUUGGGAUCUUAUUAAAUUAACUAAAAAUUAUUUAAGACUUAUUUUGAAAUAUUUAAAUGAUAGUAGUAGUGGAUUGCUGGUUCACUGUAUUUCAGGAUGGGAUAGAACACCUUUAUUUAUCUCGUUAUUGAGAAUUAGUUUAUGGGCCGACGGUGCUAUACACACAUCAUUGGAUGUUAAUCAAAUUCUUUAUUAUACAAUAGCGUACGAUUGGUUACUUUUUGGACAUAAUUUACAGGACAGAAUAAACAAAGGAGAGGAAAUAUUUUUCUUCUGUUUUUAUUUUCUGAAAUUUAUUACCGACGAAGAUUUCAGUAUUAAUCAACAUAAUAAUACAAAAAAUUCUUCUUCGGAUAGCGAUCCACAGUUGGAUAAUUUCUUGUAUGAUUCUGAAUCUGUCAGUUCCAACUUAAGUCUGAGUAGUGGGUCUAGCAAAGAUAGUCAGGAUAAUCCACCAACUACGUUUUAUAGUGAAAGCUCUAAUCAAGAUGAUAAUAAUGUUACUGGAAAUCUUGCACAAUUAACAAUUCAAAGUUCUCCUAGUAAAGAAGCACAAGGAGGAGGAUAUCGAUCCUCUUUUCCCCCUAAAAGAACGUCUCCAGUCGCUGUACCUAUAGGUUGUCGUCGACAAAGAAAUGAAUCAACUUCCUCUGGUGGUUCAUGGCAAAUGAUAUCUGGAACUGGUAGUUUACGUGGUUCAACAACAGCCCACACAUCUAUUACAGAGGGAUCUAAUUCUUCUGGCUCGACUAGCAAAGGUUUAUUUGAAAAUUUUUUACAUCAAGCUCAUGGAUCUAGUAAAGCAAUAUUGGAAGAUGACGAAUCCGUAUCACAAGUACAAACUCGCAAAUAUAAACUGCAGUGUUUAAGAUCAACAUUUUAUGAUGCUUAUAAGCCUUGUGGAUUUCGUAUGAGAGAAAAUUCUGAGCCGAGAGGUUUAGAUUCAUUAAAUAUACGAUUCUUUGGGGUGGAACAUUUUCUCUACAAAAGGGACAUUGUGGUUUAUUGCGCAACCAAUUACUAAUGCAAGGCCAACAAAAUAUGUGACCACAGGGAGUUGCAGUUGUUGAUAUUGCUUCAGUACACAACUGACAGUUUCCAUACACAUCCGUUUCAGUCAGUUUUAUAUGUUCUUCGUUAUUCCUCCGCUGCGAUUCAUUUUGCCAUAUUUUUAAUACAGAUUGCAUUAAAG